AAUGAAUCACGAACACGGCUCUCUGGAGUUACUGCGCUGCCGCAAAGAUGAAAACAUUUUAGAUGAAGAAUGUUACAGGAUUCACUUGAAAAGAAACGCGACAUUACAGUGUGACAUUAAUCUCUACUAUUGUCAAAACUUUUAAAAGAGGAAUACUCGAGGGAAAAUAUCUCUGUAUGGGGUAUCAGGCCACGUGCAUGUAACACACCAUGGAUUCAACACCCAGGAUGGAUAUAUUUAUCUGGGAAUGACUGUUAUUUUUAAUAUAAGAGUAGUCAACGCCCUUGUUGUGAAUGGCAAAAGUCAUGGCUUACUGGUUCCAGCCUAUUUGGAGAAUCUGUUUGUUGGUUCCACUGAUUCUUGAUCACCUUGCUCAUGCUCAAGAUUUGAAAGCCACCAGAUGGCCUCUGUACCCUCACAAGCCUUUGGUUCUCAUCUGGAACGCCCCAACAGAAGACUGCGGACCUCGCCACAAAGUCCAUUUUGAGCUCAAUCAGUUUCAGAUCGUCACCUCACCCAAUGAGGCUUUUACCAAACAGAACCUCACGAUAUUCUACAAAGACCGCCUGGGUCGGUAUCCAUACUUUGAGCCGGAUGGUACGGCCAUUAAUGGUGGACUUCCACAAGCUGCCAGCAUCACACUACACCAGGAGAAGAUGCCAGAGGGGAUUGAGAAAUACAUUCGUGACCCGUCCACACGUGGUUUAGCUGUUAUAGACUGGGAAGAAUGGCAUCCGCUAUGGAUACGGAACUGGGACACCAAAGAUGUUUACAGGAGGCAGUCGAGACGUUUGGUGGCCCAGAAAAACCCAACCUGGACUCCUGUACAGGUAAACAAAGUAUCCCAACAGGAAUUUGAGACCUCUAGCCGCAAAUUCAUGCUAGAGACAUUGCGUCUGGCCAAAAGCUUGCGUCCCAACCAGCUUUGGGGUUUCUACCUCUUUCCUGAGUGCUAUAACCAUGAUUACCGCAACAGUUUGGAAAACUACACGGGCCGUUGCCCGGAUGUCGAGGUAGCCAGGAACGACCAGCUUAAAUGGCUAUGGACUGAAAGCACGGCCCUUUUUCCUUCAAUAUACAUGGGCUCCGUGUUGCGCUCAAAAUCUUCCGGUCGCCAGUUUGUCCGAAACAGGGUGAAAGAGGGAAUGAGAUUGGCAUCGCUUGGAGAGGGACUGGCACGUCCUGUUUUUGUCUAUACCCGCCCUACUUAUGAUAAUGAGCUGGAAUUGCUGACUGAGACUGAUUUGGUGUCCAGCAUUGGAGAAAGUGUGGCCCUGGGGGCAGCUGGUAUUAUACUCUGGGGUGAUGCCAGUUAUGCCAGUAGCAAUGUGAGCUGUGUCAGUCUGAACCAGUACUUGCGGGGUCCUCUGGGACGGUACCUCCUCAACGUUUCCAUGGCAGCCGAGCAGUGCAGUAAUUUCCUGUGUGGUUCCCACGGCCGAUGUCUGCGCAGACACCCAGACACGGACACAUAUCUCCACCUCGACCCGCAGACGCACACCAUAGUGGGUCAGGGGAGCGGACUGCAUGUGAAAGGAGAUCUGAGCACAGAAGAACAGAGACGACUGAGCAAGGACUUUCAGUGCCAGUGUUUUAGCGGGUAUCAGAGCGAGAGAUGCGAUCUAGAAGACCCCCUUCACCAGAGAGGAGCGGCACAUGCACUUAAAGCAUUGUGGGUUUAUAUUCUCACCACAUUGCUGCUUAAUUUAUUGGUCUGAGUGGUUGAGAUUAAUUCAUUUAUAUUUAAAGGAAUAGUUCGAAAUUAAUAUUUCUCAUCAUUUACUCACCCUCAUGUCGUUCCAAACCUGACGUGAUUUUCCUGAUAUGAUUUUCUUUCUUCUGUGGAACACAAAAUAAGAAAUUUGAUCUGCAAUGUAAGCAUAUUUUAAUCAAGGGCUAUCAUACCUAUAUAUAAAUACAUACCUGUCUAUAAAAGUAAAGAAGUCCAUAUUGUGCGCUAAAUUCCAAGACUUCUGAAGCCAUAUGAAUGCUUUGUUUAAAAAAAAAAAAGAAUUUAAUUAUUAAAUAAAGUCUAAUAAUUUAAGUCUAAUAUUUUAUAAAUGUAUUUUUAUUAUAAUAUUUAUUGUAAAAUGUUAAAUUAAUUUUUUUGUAUUUUUAAUAAUGUAUAUUAUAUUAAACAAAUCUCUUUCACACAUGUGCAUUGUCAAACUUGCCACGUUAAUAUGUCUCACAUCAGGUAAAACUAACAUCAGUGUUUCAUAAUAAUCGUGAUAUACCAAGUUUAAGUGCAAUACAAAAAGUCACAAUAUGCUUUUAUUGUAUUAAAAAAACAGCAGCAUGAACAUUCUUCAAAACAUCUUUUGAGUUACAUAAAAGGAAGAAAGUCAAACAGUUUUGGACUUGAGGGUGAGUAAAUGAUGACAGAAUUGAAAUUUUUUGGCUGAACUGUCCCUUUAAUGGACACGCAAACCCAUGCGCACACGCACGCACAUUCAAAUGGACACUGCCACAGAUACUUAAUCGUUUGUCUGAUAAAAAUGGAUGACUAACUGAUAGUUGAUAUUGACAGUUACGUGACCGUACUCAUACUUAUAUGUGAGCCGCACUUAAGCACUGCAGAGUGAGAGCACCAUUUGCUGUUAUGGUUCCACAUGUUGACACUUUUGUCUUUAUUGUGAUACACAAUGGCAUGAGAAGUUAUUUAGUUGUUUUUUUGGAGAAGUUUUCCUGUAUGUUUUGAUUAGAAAAUGGAACCAUGCUUUUUUAUUUUUGAAGCGCGUUGAUUUAUUUUCACAAUUAACCUCCUGAGACCGCUGGGUUACUGCAGUGUGCAUUUCCCAUUACCGUUUUUGAUUUGUAACUAGUAGCAACUAAUAAACAAGCAAAAAAAAAUCGAUGUCCACAUAUGUGGACAGUGGGACUAAAUUAAGUAAUACCAAGCUAUAGAAAGUCCGAUAAUUUUUUUUUUUUUUUUUUUCAUAGUUUAUUUUGUGUCCAGGAGUGUUGGUUAUUCAUGUUUUUGAGACGUUAUAGACAUUACAGCUGAUUUUAUGUAAAGCUGAAUAAAUAAUUCUGAUUAAAAGUUA